AAAAACGGGGUUUGUGACGGGCGUGGCGCCAGCUGGUGCUAGAAACGACAGAGCAGCAUCGUAGCAGCAUGUCGUCGUCGCCGUCGGUGCAGGCGAGUAGCAGCAACGAGCAGGAGCCUCUCGAGCUCGUCUCACCGCUCCAAAUCGCUAUCACGCCACGCCUCAACACACUCCGAAGCUACGACGUGCACACAGAAUACAUGAUCACAUUGCUCUGCCCGCUGCACAAGGUGUGGUGGGACGUCACGCUCCGCCACUCCAAGCUGAUUGCGCUGCGCGCCGACCUCGUCCAGCAUGCAAAAGCGCUCAAAGCCGACCCCGAGUACGUGCGAUUGCUGCUGCCGGUGCUGCGCAUCGAGUUGCCCACGACGCUCUUUGCGUCGACGAGCCACAAACGCGUGCAGAAGCGCAUUCGCCUCUACCAAGAUUUCUUCUUUGCGCUCUUACAUACGCGCAUCCAUCUCAUGGACCCGCACCGAUCGGCCAUCUCGGAAGUCCGCGUGCUCGUCCAGACCGUACGCAAGGUUAUUGUGCUACCGUCGCUCGGCAUUGUGCUGCCGCUGGAGCGGACCCAGCGCGUACCCACGGCCCCAGUCGCCACCAUGAACGAAGUGCUGCCCGAGAACGGCCCGACGCCGUCCGCCCCCGAGGCGCUAGACAUUGAGGUCGCGUCGGCCCCCGACUUGAACCAGCUACCGCCUCUGCCCGAAGCCACCGGUGCUGCGACAUCAAAGAAACUUGCCGACGAGACCGCCGACCAAGCGAGUUGUGCUGGUCUCAUCCCGACAGCGGCGCCGCCACAGCCUAGUGAAGACACGUCGCGCGAGGCAACGUGCGUGCUGGCAGUACCGCUGAGCAUCGCCCCGAACGACGCCGUGAACAACGCUGCGUGUCCCAUCUGCCUCGUGCUCUUUGGCGCGAGCGAGCUUCGCCAAGCCGGCGUCAUUGUCGUGACGUCUUGCAAGCAUCUCUUCCACGCAGGAUGCAUCGGUCAUUGGAUCGAUCAAGCGACGUCAUGCCCGCUGUGCCGUGUCCCGAUACAGCAUGUCACCGGUCUCUGCAGUGAGACGUUGUCCUAGCAUGCAUUCCGCUUGCAUAUGAAUCCAAACUCAUAUCCCUCGUUUG